UCCCCAGCCAGGGAUCGAAUCUGAGCCACAGCUGUGACCUGCGCCACGGCUGCAACAAUGCUGGAUCCUUUAACCCACUGUGCUGGGCCGGGAUUGAACCUGCGCCUCCGCAGCAGCCAAGCUUAACCCACGCAGGGAGAAAUCCCCUUUUGAACUUUGUUUUGUGAUACAGGUUGGUUACUUGGAAACGGUUUGAUCUUUUUGGAUCCUUCUAAAAAGCAAUGUUAGGUGGAAUCACAGCUGGGUUUAGUCCAGGGCUAAGCACAGUCCACUACUGAGGCAAGACACUUGGGGGAUCUUCCCAGCACCCCGCAAACCACGAGGGCCCUGUGCCCUGCUGAACAUGUGGGGGCCUCCCCACAGGCCGUCUCCCUGGGCAGCCCGGCCUUCUCCGCUACUCUGUCCUCUGGAUCCCGGCCGCCUUCGCUUCCUGGGACCCUCUGCUCUGUCUCUCCAACUUGGGGUUUGCUGGGUCCCACCCAGGUACCCUCUGUCUGUGCCAUGACCUGAACAUUCCCUCCAGGCAGGGAGCUGGGCAGUCGCAGCCCCAUCUCAUUUGUUCCUCUUCUCUCUGGGGUCACUUGUUGCCUGGCGCCCAGGGCCUUGAGACCCCUGGUUUCCAUUAUUGUCAUUGUUUCUGGGGUAAAUUUCAUUCCUGUAACUCCCUCUUGGCUGGGAUCGGACGUCCCAGUAAAUGCUGACUGAGGGACCCUGUGUGUUCAGCACUGUGGACCCUUUAGUGAAUAAAAAAGCCCCUGCCCUUGUCCUCAGGCAGCUCCCACCCUGCCACUAAGAGGCCACACAACUUGGGGCGGGCCCUGCCCCUCCCUGGGCUCAGGUCCCUGGCUCUUAAUAACAGUGGACAUUACCUGAGCAUUCACUGUCGUUUUUGCCAUUAUUUGUUCAUUAGUUUGUUAAAUCAUGAGAAAUGACCUACCUACCCAGAACGCCUUUAAAAAGAACUCAGGAAAAAUGAAAACAAACAAAAAAAAACUCAGGGAUUUCCCCUGUGGCUCAGUGGAUUAAGGAGCCGGCGUUUUCAUUGCUGCAGUUUGGGUCACUGCUGUGCCUAGGGAAUUCCGCAUGCCACAGGCAUGGCCGAAAAAAAAAAAAAGAACUCGUGGUAGGACCACUUGCUGUUGGGUUUUAUUUUAAUUUUUUGUGCAGUAGAGGCUCAACAUUCUCCUCAAGGUGCAGAGCUUCCUUCAGAGUUUAGCGCAUCGACUGUUUGCAUUAGAAAGCCGUGCUUCCUGCCCACAGUGACUUUUCACAUCUACUGCCAGUGAAAAAUGAGACUUGAGCCUCAGAAGACCGAACGGAGGGAUACUGAGAUACAAAGCUGCUGAGCGCGAGAGGGUCGAUGAGUGUGACCUUUCUGGAAAGCAGUUUGGCAGAAGGACAACGUGCUGAACAUCAUUAACCAGAUCAUGGACGUGUGCAUCCCCCAGGACCGGGCCCCACGGGACUUCUGUGUCAAGUUCCCCGAGGAGAUCCGGCACGACAACCUGGCUGGCCAGCUGUGGUUUGGCGCCGAGUGCCUGGCCGCCGGCUCCAUCAUCAUGAACCGCGAGCUCGAGAGCAUGGCCAUGCGGCCGCUGGCCAAGGAGCUGACCCGCAGCCUGGAGGACGUGCGGGGCGCCCUCCGCGACCAGGCGCUGCGCGACCUCAACACGUACACGGAGAAGAUGCGGGAGGCGCUGAGGCACUUCGACGUGCUGUUCGCGGAGUUCGAGCUGAGCUACGUGUCGGCCAUGGUGCCCGUGAAGUCCCCCCGGGAGUACUACGUGCAGCAGGAGGUCAUCGUGCUGUUCUGCGAGACCGUGGAGCGGGCCCUGGACUUCGGGUACCUAACCCAGGACAUGAUUGACGACUACGAGCCGGCCCUCAUGUUCACCAUCCCCAGGCUGGCCAUCGUGUGUGGCCUCGUGGUCUACGCAGACGGACCCCUGAACCUGGACCGCAAGGCGGAGGACAUGUCUGAGCUGUUCCGGCCUUUCCACACGUUGCUGCGGAAAAUAAGGGAUUUGCUGCAGACCCUGACCGAAGAGGAGCUUCACACGCUGGAACGGAACCUCUGUAUUUCCCAGGAGGUGGAGUUCCCCAUCCGGGCAGACGCCCAGGUGCCGCCUGCCCUGGCACCCGCCUUUCCCGAACCCCUGGCCCCAGAGGAGCUGCUGGCGGACAAGCCCAAGAACUCGGAGGCGGAGCUGGCCUGCUCCAUGCAGUACGACGACCAGGAGCUGGAGCAGCUCAGCCGCCUGGUGCACAAAGCCGGCGACGAGAUGUCCUCGCUCCUGUCCCCACCCAGUGCCACCCAGUCCCCUGCGCACAGGCUGGGCGCCACGGGCAGUCCAGGGCCGGCGUCCCCAGGCAGCGCCCGGCUGCCGCAGGGCAGUGACGACGAGGAGGGCAGGGUGUUUUUCAUGGAUGACGUGGGAGGGGCGGCCGAGGCCCGGGGCAGCCCGUCUGGGCAGGCGGGCAGUGCCAGCGCUGACCCCCAGGAGAGAGGGCCAGGCGGGGAGAGCAGGGAGCGGGGCGCCAGCACACCUGCUGACGCGGGCAAGGGGGGCGGGAACGACAACAACAACGUCGAGGGCGACGGGGCGCGGGCAGGGGGCCCCAACUCCUGCAGCUGCCUGGACUCCCGGCCGCACCUCGACGGCUGGGAGGUGAGUUCGGACGCUGCCGAGACGGCUGAGCUGAUCGCCCACCGGACCGGGGGCAUGAAGCUCUCAGCCACGGUCAUCUUCAAUCCCAAGUCGCCUGCCUCCUUGGACUCCACCCUCGCCAGCGCAGAGGUCCCCGGGGACGGCUUCUCCCCGUCGGAGCCGGCGGCAGAGGGGACGGACGGUGGCCCCCACAAACUGAGCGCCACGGCUGCCGACUGCCUCCUCAACUCCUGCGUGUGCUGCGGGGGCUGCGGGGGCGGCAGGGAGGACGCUGCGGAGAGUCUGCGGGGCAAGUGUGGCUCUGGCAGCGUCAUCAGCUCCUCCCACGUUGGCUUGGCCAAGGCCAGUGCCAAGGGCGCAGCUCCCGGACUGCCAGAGGCGGGGCCCGCCCUGGAGGCCUUGCCCUCCGAAGACGCCCCUGGCCUGCAGGAGCCCAAAGCCCCUACUCCCAACAAGUGCCUGACACACACCUCAGGGCCCCCGGGGGAUGCCGCAGACGGGCUGCCCGGAGGGGGCGAUGGCGCCAGUCAGCCCACGGAGGAGAGGCGGCCUGGAGGGGCAGCCGAGGAGCAGCCUCAGCGCCUGCUGGUCCCCAGCAGCUCCACGGCCGAUUCCUGCCCCUCGGACAAGUCCGGGCCAGACGCAGCUCCCGUGGCCACAAGAGAGAAGAUCCGGUCCCGAUUCCACGGCAGCCACGACCUGAUCCACCGGCUGUUCGUCUGCAUUUCAGGGGUGGCCGACCAGCUGCAGACCAACUACGCCAGCGACCUGAGAAGUAUUCUCAAGACCCUUUUCCAGGUCAUGGCCACCAAGCCCGAAACAGACGACAAGGAGAAGUUGAAGAAGGUCACCCAGACCCUGCGCAGUGCAGCCUUGGAGGACUGCGCCCUGUGCCAGGAGACCCUGUCAUCCUCCGAACUCGCAACCAAGACCCGAGACGGGGGCUUGGAAGACCCGCCUGAGUGGGUCCCGGACGAGGCCUGUGGCUUCUGCACUGCGUGCAAAGCCCCCUUCACCGUCAUCCGCAGGAAGCAUCACUGCCGCAGCUGCGGGAAGGUAGGUAGGCCCGAGGCCCGGGGGCUGUGGCUGGGCAUCCCUGGGGACCUUUCAGACUGUGUACGGGCCUGGCAGUCAGGACUGAGGCCCCGGGGGCUGGCGAGGACCCAAGUCCUCAUGCGACACACCUGAGCCCUGGGCACAGGGUGUGGGCUCCGGGCACUCAGCCCACCGGGUCCGAGGGGGCAGUGGCCAGUCCCUGCCGCUUCAGAGCUGGGGACAGGGAGGAACCAGAGGGUCUGACUGGGAGCCUGCAACGUCCCAGUGUGGGACAGGGACCCCUGCCUCAGCCGGGCCUCCUGGGGCCAGAACACGCCCAGGUUUUCCUGAAGGUCCCAGCCCCCCAGGGCCACUGGAAGACCUUCGCCCAGCACCCUCGCCUGCUCUGGUGGAUGGGGUGUGCCCGGCGCUCAGGGCUCCCACCCUGUCGGUGCUGCGCCUCCCCGCCAGGCCCAGGUCCGGAGGGGGUGAGGCCCGGGGGCUGCUGGGACCCGUGCCCGGCUCACCGCCCCACCCUCGUCUUCUAGAUCUUCUGCUCCCGCUGCUCCCCGCACUCGGCCCCGCUGCCCCGCUACGGGCAGGUGAAGCCGGUGCGAGUGUGCACGCACUGCUACAUGUUCCACGUCACGCCCUUCUACAGCGACAAGGCGGGCAUCUGACGCGGGGCGGGGCACAGCCACACCCGAGAGGGCCCCGGACUCCAGGAUGGAGGCGCCAAGGGCCCGUGCUCCUGCCUCCUCCAUCCAGGCCACAGGCUGCAGGGGGGUUUUCACUGCAUUUCAUCCAGCUGCUGCCACCACCGCUGCAGGGGCUGCAGGCCGCCCAGACUUCCAGAACGUCCAGUGCCUCCGCACCCACCCUACCCCCCCCCGCCUCCUACCACUCGUGGGGACCCCAGGCCAGCCUCAGGAGCCAAUAGGCGGUCAGCUUCAUCCAGGAAGGGUCCCUGAGGUGCCCAGUGGCUGCCUGGGCUGGAGUGGGCUCUCCUCCUGCCUGUGCACCUGCCCCACCCCCCGCCCUGUUUAGAUGCUGCUUCCGGGCUCAGCGGGAGCAAAGGGUCCGCUCUUGAAGGAGGAAGUGGGGCUGGUGUCUGAACUCCGGUGGACACCUGCAGGAGAGGGGCCAGGCCCCAGUGCCCGCAGGGCUUCCCCGAGGGCUUGCCAAACCAGAAAGACCAGGCUGUCCGUUCCCUCCAGGGCCCUGAGCCCACAGCCCCCCCGCCCCCUCUCCUCACCUCUGCCCUCUGGGACCGGUCUCCCUUCUUGUCAGGGAGGGAGAAGGCAGAAGCAGACCCUGUGGGGACCCUGCUCUUGUCUGCCUGCUCCAGCCCCCCAGCUGGUGCGGGGGCUCUGGCGGCGGGGAGAGGCUCCCAGCUUCUUAGGCCAGGGCCCUGCGGGGGCUGAGAGCCACCGGAUGGUGCCCACCUGGCUGCCACUUCCCCCUUCCUUCUCUCUGCACCCCCUGGGACCCCGGCCCACCUCCUCAGACCCUGGAGUGGCCCCGGGCCCCAGCACAGACACCUCCUCAGGCUUAAAUCUCAGGCUUCACAUUGCAAUGACGAUUGCAGUUUUAUUUUUAGAGAGGUGACACACCUGCUUCUUUUAUAGGACAAAAUCCAAUUACUAUUUAACAGUGGACUACACAUGCACAAAAACAGCUUCUGUGGGAGAAGAAAAGUAGAGAAUGGAGGGUAUAUUAUGUAUUGAGAUUAUUUUUAUUUUCUAAAUGCUAUAAUUCAAAACCAUUUCCAUAAAUCUAUUUAAGGAUCGCAGACGCUCUUA